UGGUCGGUUGGCGCGGCGCUCAGUUGGCGGGAACUUGCUUUGUUUUAAGCCGGCAAAUUAAACAAGCAAAAUAAUUGAAAAUCAAAACUGUUAAUCAAUCGGUUUUAUUUACAUUGUUAACAAACUGCAUUGAGACAGUAAGCGCUUGUGGAUUAUUAAUCAAAAAUUAUCAUAUUAUCUGCAGUUCAAUGUGAUUAGCGCAAAAAUAUGUGGGUGACAGCAAUUAUGUAUUGAAAUAGAAUAAAUAGAAUUUGGAGUAAUAAUUCAUAGCUUAUUUCCCCCAGUGAUGUGUGGAAAGGCAAAAAAACGAAAUUAGCCGAAAUAAAGCAAGAAGAAAGUAAAUUAAGUAACCAAUUCCACAAAUAACAGAAACAACGAAGAGAAAAGUUGGAGAAAAAGUGAUUACCAUAAUUAUUCCCAAGUUGCGAAAGUGUGUGCGAAUAUCCAUUUAUAGCCGGUUAGCCAAUAAGCUCACGAAAGGAAAUAAAUUGCCGUGCUGUUCAUAUAAAUUGCCCAUAGCCAAGCAAAUGAAAUUCCGUUUUCUUUCGUGUUAAAAAUGUACGGCCCAUUUUGGCUGGCAGCGCAACCGCAGAAGCAGCGGAGGCCCAUCGCCCGCUGCCAGACAUGAACAGUAAAAAAGUGAAUAACGAAACAACAAAAGAAACAAAAACAAGAUAAUCAAAAUAUAAUGCAACAAAAUGUGCCAAAAAUAGUAAAAGAUAGAUUGUGAACAGGACACACCCACACACAUACACUCACGCGAACAAGGAGUAACUUCUCAGACAGCUGGCUCAGCCGGUAAACAAAAUGAAAAUAGAAAAAUAAAAUCCAAGUGACAGUGUCUGUGCGCCAUGACCCGGUGUAAGCAAGGCAGGCGAAUAAAUAAUUGGUGCUAAUCUGCAUAAGCUGCGCGGGGGCGAGUAUGUCUGAGCCGAGCGCCUGAAAAUUAUCAAAUCAUGGCAGAUAAUAUUUUUCUUUAAGUGGAUAUGAAUAUGCCUGUUCACAUAGACAUUGGAAUAUGAAAUUUUUAACGAAAUGCUUUUAUUCACUUCUUAAAAAGGAUAAGCUCUUAUCCAAGCGCCAAUAAAUAAAAGAAAAUUGUUUGUGAAUCGAACUGACAUGUGAUCAAAAAAUAGACAACGGUUUUGCUGUCAUCACUUCAGCAGUCGAAGGUCUUCAGAGGCAAACGCAACGCACAGAUUUCUCGACAACGACGAUGAACAACCGCAACAACUCAAUCAUCGGCAUCAACAGGGAAAGCAACAACAAUACCAGCUGUACAAUACUGCGCAUUGUGCCGGUGGCAGCGACAGCGACAACAGUACAAGAAGCGCCCAAAGCAACAGUAAUAGUAUUCCAAGCUUCAGUGGCAGCCACAUCGCGAAUCCAGCCCGCGGCAGCAGCAAAAACAUCAACAUCAACAGCAACAGCGCUGACACAAGUAAAAUAAUUGCCGACGCAUUGGUGAGUCGUUCGCUUGCACUGAAUCCGCUCAGCAUGUCGAGCUCGCCCGAAGUGGCGGAAGCGAGUGCGGGUGUGGCUGCAGGAGCACAUGUAGAUGUGGACGUGGACGUGGGCGCUGACGAGACACCGCUCGAGUCCUACGACAGCCUCGACGCAAUUAAUGAGAGUACCGAACUGCAGUGCCUGGUGCAGCAGCACAUUGAUACAACGACCUACGGCAAUGACAGCGCCUACUGCCUCACCCACUUCGACUCGAUCCUUUGUUGGCCUCGCACGCCGCGUGGCACUUUGGCGGCGCUGCCGUGCCUGCACGAGUUCCAAGGCAUACAGUACGACAGCUCGCAGAAUGCGACGCGCUUUUGCCAUGCUAAUGGCACAUGGGAGAAAUAUACAAACUAUGACUUAUGCAUGCACCUGCCUGCGCCCUCCACUGUACCUGAAUUCGAACCGAUCAUCGAGUUGCCAACGAUAAUUUACUACAUUGGCUACACCAUCAGCUUAGUCUCAUUGACGCUGGCGAUUAUUGUCUUCGCCUAUUUCAAGGAAUUACGCUGUUUACGCAAUUCAAUUCACGCCAAUUUAUUCUUCACAUACAUAAUGUCGGCGUUGCUGUGGAUACUGACUUUGUCCGUACAUAUUUCCAUACGAACGGGCUUGGGAGGCUGUGUGGUUCUCGUCACGCUCUUUCAUUUCUUCACCCUAACUAAUUUCUUCUGGAUGCUCGUUGAAGGCCUUUAUUUGUACAUGCUGGUUGUGAAGACAUUUUCCGGCGAUAAUAUACGCUUCAAUAUAUACGCAAUCAUCGGCUGGGGUGGACCCGCAGGUUUCGUUGUCAUUUGGGCAAUCGCCAAGGGAUUAACGAUAUCCUACGAUGUGGAGAAGUUCGACAUCGGUUGCCCUUGGAUGCGUGAAACCCAUGUGGAUUGGAUUUUUCAGGGCCCAGUCUGCGCGGUGCUGAUAAUGAACUUAAUAUUUCUACUGAGAAUUAUGUGGGUGUUGAUAACAAAACUCCGAUCCGCCAACACGGUGGAGACGCGUCAAUAUCGCAAAGCUGCCAAGGCAUUGUUGGUGCUCAUUCCGCUCUUCGGCAUCACCUACUUGGUGGUUUUGGCGGGCCCCAGCGAAAGCGGCGUCAUGAGUCACAUGUUCGCCGUCGUGCGCGCGCUGCUGCUCAGCACGCAGGGCUUCGCAGUGUCAUUGUUCUAUUGUUUCUUAAAUUCCGAAGUGAGAAACACGCUGAGGCAUCACAUUUCCACGUGGCGCGACGAGCGGAAUAUCCAACUGAAUCAAAGCAGAAGAUACACCACAAAGAGCUUCUCAAAGGAUUGCUCGCCGAGAACCGAGAGCACACGGCCACUCACAGCCUACUAUGGCAAAGGCAAGCGCGAGUCCAGCGUCUCAUCGGCCACCACCACCACCCUGCUGGGCCACAACCAGAGCCUGAGUGUGAACGCGAACAUCAGCGCUGCGAUGGCGUUGCAGCACAGCUCUAACGGCACUUUACACACGAUGCCCACCGUGACGGCACUGACCGUUAUGCCGCGAGCGAUUAGUCCGCUCAUGAAGCAAGGACUUGAGGAAAAUUCCGUAUAAGAGAACACAAAUUAUAAAGAACUAACAUCUAUGAGUAGUAUUAAGCAAUCUCUUUAUUAAUUUAGCUAAGUUAAAGAAUAUUAGAAGUAAGACAAUUAGCUAAUCAAAAGCGAGAAGGGAAAUUAUUAAACGCAAACUAACGAAUUUACUAUAAGUACUAGAAGUUUUUUAACACACUGUACUCUAAGCACCACUUAAAUGUAAAUAUUAUUUAAAAUUGUUGUAACUGUAAUUAUAAAAAUGUUGCAACUGUAAUUAUAGAAUUGUAAAUAAUUGAUAUUUUUGUGUAAAUAUUGCUUUCAUUUGUGUGUUUGCUUUGGAACUUGAGCACGAAUACUGAUCUUCAGUGAUUUUCAGUGUCAAAUAUUGAGAGAAAAUGACUUGAUAUUUGUAAAUUAUUCCUGUCAAUAGUUAAAUGUGUGUGUAAGUACAAGUAUAUAGUUAAAUUAAAAAUCGAAAUUAACAAAUUAUGUAAUUGUGGUAUAUGUGACUAAUUGUGUCUGGGUGUGUGUACUCUAAGUAUAUAUUAAAUUACUUGUAUAAAGUAAAUUCGCUUGAAUUUUCAUCUUUAAUUAUAAAUUUAAUUGCCCUGCUUUAAGAGCAAUUAGGUUUUUUUACCUUAAUUAGUACAAUUUUUCUAUAAGUUAAGAUAGUUAUGCUGUGUAAAUAUGUUAAUUUAGAAAUAUUUUUGUUAUAAUGUAUAUUGAGUAGUCGAAAAAAUCUUUUCGUAUUUUGUCAAUAGAUGUCGUGGCAGUUCAGUGCUACCAAUCACAUUGUAUUAUCAUACCAUAUAGUGCUGGAAUGAUGAGAUUUUAAGCUACAUUUAACCCAAAAAAAAAAUCGAGGAAGUUGAAAAAAGUUACAGCUGCUCAAAAUUUAGUGAAAAUAAAGAAGAAAUUCGCUAUAUUUUGAAAUUUUUGUAAUAAAAAUGGAGGAAAGAAUGACACGCAAGCCCCCAAUGAAAUUUGUAAAGUGUACGGAGACGAUUUUGUAUCAGUUCGUGUAGCAC